AUGAUUUUACGACGUGAAUUCAGCUAUUAUCUUUUGCAGCUCUAUAUACCUUCAUUCAUGCUGGUCAUCGUUUCAUGGGUAAGCUUCUGGCUCGACAAGGAUUCGGUACCUGCUCGUGUAACCCUUGGUGUAACAACACUUCUAACGAUGACCACACAAAGUUCGGGUAUUAAUGCUAAACUUCCCCCUGUUUCCUAUACAAAGGCAAUAGAUGUUUGGAUUGGUGUUUGCUUAGCCUUCAUUUUUGGUGCAUUGCUUGAAUUUGCCUUGGUCAAUUAUGCAGCAAGAAAGGAUAUAACCACCGGACACCGAAUGUUAUCAAAAUAUGCCAGUCAUCUGGAUUACAUGUCCGGUUAUCAACCUUUAGUAUCAGCAACCACUGCAAUAUCGCCUUCCCGUUCUUUGUGGUGUUUCCGGCCAUUUAUCCGACGCUACAAAGAGCGCUCUAAGCGAAUUGACGUUGUUUCACGCUUGCUUUACAUACCGUGUGUCAUGCUCGUCGUCGUCUCCUGGGUUUCAUUUUGGCUCGAUAAGGAUGCAGUACCUGCUCGUGUCUCAUUAGGCGUAACAACACUAUUAACAAUGACAACACAAGCAUCAGGUGUUAAUGCUAAACUUCCACCUGUAUCGUAUAUCAAAGCAGUUGAUGUAUGGAUCGGUGUAUGUUUGGCAUUUAUUUUUGGUGCUCUAUUAGAGUAUGCAUUGGUCAAUUAUUAUGGAAGAAAGGAAUUUUUUAAGAAAGAGAAAAAAAAGACGGGCGAAUUCAGGGGUUGUUUAUGUCCAUCCGAUCAUCCAAUUAAUCAGAAUAUGAGGCAAUCAUUACGAUUGAAUAUGAAUGCGAGAAGAAAGUGGUGGAGGAAAUAUUGUUUCAAUCUACAUGCCAGUAGUGAACUUAGCAAACGUGUUGACCUCAUUUCACGACUUGCUUUUCCAACCUCUUUUGCUUGUUUCCUUGGUAAGAAGCAUAUUUUUACAUUCAUUAUCAAUUUCUAA